AAUAAACCAUCAUCCACUGUAAAUAAUCCUGCAAGGCGUUUAUUUAGUAUACAUCCUUUAACAAUGAAGACCAUUCUUAGCAAUCAGACUGUCGACAUCCCCAGCAACGUCGAGAUUGCUCUGAAGGGGCGGACGGUCAUCGUCAAAGGUCCCAGGGGUACUCUCAAACGGGAGUUCAACCACAUUAACUUGGAGCUCAGUUUGCUCGGCAAGAAGCAGAAGAAGCUCCGUGUGGACAAAUGGUGGGGUAACAGGAAGGAGCUGGCCACAGUGCGCACCAUCUGCAGUCAUGUCCAGAACAUGAUCAAGGGAGUGACCCUGGGGUUCCGGUACAAGAUGCGUUCAGUCUAUGCCCAUUUCCCCAUCAACGUUGUCAUGCAGGAGAGCGGUUCUCUGGUGGAGAUCAGGAACUUCCUUGGGGAGAAAUACAUCAGAAGGGUGCGCAUGAGGACUGGGGUCUCAUGUGCACUGUCGGCUGCUCAGAAAGACGAACUUGUUCUGGAGGGCAAUGACAUUGAACUGGUAUCAAACUCAGCUGCAUUGAUCCAGCAGGCAACCACUGUGCGAAAAAAAGACAUUCGUAAGUUCCUGGAUGGGAUCUACGUCAGUGAGAAGACCACUGUCGUGGAGGUGCCUGAAGAUUGAUGUCAGUUCAUUCACACCAACACAAAAUAAAAAAAACAAUUUUACAGUCAA